CUAAGCUUUGCAAGAGCUCCGGUCUCUCUAUAUAAACGAUUUACGAUCUGCUAUUGAAGAAAAUUUUAGAUCUUCCAACAUACUUGUCACCUUAUUGAUGGAUGAUGUGAUGCUCUCUGAUCUCAUCUCGAACUUUGUGAGAUCAGCCCUCACAAAGAUCAAGUGCCACACGAAGAUCAAAUGCUUUAUCGUUCGGACUGAGACUGAAAUGGAGGAGGAGCAGCAGCAGCACCGGCGAUGCACCGGCACAGAAGAACUCUCCCACCAUGAUAUCGAGGUGAUCAUGGGGAGGCUCGGUCUGUUGGGUCCGAGAGAAGAGGCAGUCGACGUCGACGGUGGUGGUGGGGAGUGCAGAUUGGUCGAAGAAGUUGAUGCGCUGCUGGAGGAGAAGAAAGCGAGCUUGGACGAACUGAAGGAGGCGUUCUGCGUCUUCGACAGGAACGAGGACGGGUUCAUAAGCCCGGGAGAGCUGUGGUGCGUGAUGAGGAGGUUGGGGUUGCAGGAGGGCCUCAAGCUGGAGGACUGUGAGAGGAUGAUUCGUGCCUUCGACGUCGACGGUGACGGAAGAAUAAGUUUCAGUGAGUUCACCUGCCUGCUAGAGAACGCUUUAUAGCUUCUUCUUCUUCUUCUUCUCGUUGCAGUGCCAUUAAAAUCAUCAGAACAAUAUUAAUUGUUAAUAGACUCAUUACAAUACAACAUUAAGUUGAUAUCUAUCAAUAAUAAUGGAAGAGUCGUAUAUAUUGUUUCUCACAACGUCAAACCGGUCAGUGACAAGUGUGUCUCUCAUGGGACAAACAUGCAUCCCUCUUCCAUGGAUUCGUGUUACCGAUGGCGAUGCCAUGGAUCGCAAAGCAGAACUCGAAUUCCAUGACCAAGUUUGACAACCGCUACAUGACAGUGAGAGAGCAAAGUAAUCAAUCACAUGCAGAGCGAAGUGUCAAAGUAGAGAAGAAAUCUGCACCUGAGGAAGUAGAGGAGUAGGUCAGGGAGGUGACUCAUCGUGACGUUGGUACGUGGAUAUAUCUCUCUAUGCCUGAGAGCAAGGAACCCCACACUGGUAUUUCUAAUCGGCAAGGAUCAUCACCUCAUGUUCCUGUGCUUAAUAUCCUAUCGUAGUUAUCGAUUUUUGAUAGACUGGUGCAUGAUGUCAAAAGAGGUUAGUAAUCCUCUUAAUGAAUGCUGUA